AUGAUCAUUGCGACAAUAGCGCCUGCUCUUGAAGCGGUAGAAUUGUACAAUGUCAAAUUCAAUGGCACCCUAGAUCAUCCCUCUGCGUUCAGAGGAGAGCCAAAUCCAGAGCUCGAUGCGGCUUGGGACAGAAUCGCAGUGGACCCGCGGCCUUUUCGGGUAACGAGUGAGAUACUGGAGAAAAUCGGACAGCCUGAGAGACCUUCCUCUGUGAGGUUUUCUGAUGAAGACGGAGGAGGCUUCAUGGCGACGAUCGAGGUAUCUCAUCAAAUCCAUUGUCUGAACAUGUUGCGCAAACAUACCCACCUUGAUUAUUAUGAAUCGACCGAUAUAUCAGUUGCGGACGGCCCCGAACUAUAUCGGAUGCACCUAGAUCAUUGCAUAGAGAUGCUACGACAACUUAUCUUAUGCACUGCCGACACGGGUGUGAUCACCUACGACUGGGUGCAAGGCUACAGCCGCCCGUAUCCGAACUUCAACACAUUACACACGUGCAGGAACGUGGAUCGUGUACUAGAGUGGAAUGAUCAGCAUGGGUUGCACGAACCGCUAAGCCGACUGGUUAGGCUCGACCACGAAGUGGAUCUCGACAUUGCACCAUAG